GAAAGGCCCAAUGGUUCCGACUCUCUCGUGGAUUAUCGUCGCGCUUUCCCUGCACAUCACGACCUCCGAUGGGCGCCCGUCUUCGACGCGCCUCCCAGAGCCUGACCCAUCGUACGCUGUGCCUGUGGAACUGGGUGGGAAUACGUACAUCAAUAAGGGGUUAGUCGCGUUCGGAUUGAUUCCGUCGAACUUCACGGACUCUACAGGCAACACUAUGGGGGGUUUCGGGAGUGCCAUCGCCCUCAAGAGAGGCUCAUUUGCGCGGCAGUCCGAUGGCACUUUCACUGGGACGAUUGUUGCCCAACCCGAUCGGGGUUUCAACGUUGACGGAACUAUCGAUUAUCAAGGUCGUCAGCACCAGAUCGACUUCGUGUUGUCGCCAUUCUACGGAACGAACAAUCUUACUUUCGAUGCCGCUUUGACCACCCUCAAACUCUCAUACCGUAACACACUCUUGUAUACUGAGAGAAACGACGCGGCCACCACUGGACUUGACGCGCUGGCUAUUCGCCCGUCGACCUCGGCAGACCCGCCAUUACCAGAGGCGCCUUCUAAUGACCAUCUGUCUCUGGACGCUGAAGGCCUCGUGCUCAACGCUGACGGAACCUUCUGGACCAGCGACGAAUACGGCCCGUACAUCUACUUGUUCAGCGAACAAGCAGAGCUCAUCAAAGCCAUCCAACCUCCGCAGGCAAUCCUCCCUCUGGUUAAGGGCGAGCUCAACUUUACUUCUGACUCCGACCCCGACACAGGCCGCGCGGGAAACCAAGGUUUCGAGGGACUGACCGUUAGCGCUGACGGGCACACCCUGUAUGCACUCCUCCAAUCCGCGACCAUCCAGGAUGGGGGAAGCGACAAGACUACUUCGCGUUUCACACGUUUAGUCGCCUUCAAUGUCUCCUCGUCUGCAGCACAGCCCCCUCUUGUCGGAGAGUGGGUCGUCCCACUUCCACAAAGUAAAAAGGGCAAGACGUACGCCUCAAGCGAGCUACACUUUGUCAGCGAUAAUGUCUUCCUCGUUCUCUCCCGUGACUCCGAUGGUCACGGCGGUGACGACAAUAAUUCCGCUUACAAGCAGGCCGACUUGAUAGAUAUCACCGACGCGACCGACAUUCACAACACAGAAUUUGAUGAUCCAAGCAAGCCCAUUUCGCCGGAUGGCGAGCUUGACAGCACCAUCAACCCUGCCACGUACGUCUCCUUCGUCAGUUUCAUCGACGACACGCAGCUCGCCCGUUUCGGUCUCCAUAACGGCAAGCCUGCAGACCAGACCCUCAUCGACGCUAAGUGGGAAUCUCUCGCCCUCGCGCCAGUCGGCGACCCGGAUUUCCCUGAUGACUACUUUUUGUUCACUGUCUCCGAUAACGACUUCAUCACGACGCAGGGCAUCUCCCUUGGACAGCCGUACAACGCUGGAUUGGACAACGACAACCAGUUCUUGGUAUUCAGGGUGACGUUUCCUGGCGCAUCCGUCCCAGGGGUGUCAAGAAGCAACCGACGUCCAGGGUUAGGCAAGGUACCAUGGAGGCAAGAAAUAAUACAGUGAUCGCUGGGAUCACUAACUACGUCCGUUGGGUGAAUUCCGGGCAUGCUCUCUGGGUCGUAUGUUCCUCUCCAUGUCUGUUCUCCUGUGCCUUCUUCCUUGCGCGCCCUGUGGAUGGUCUUCUCUCAGUAUCCGAGCGUAAACUGUUCAGUCGAAGUGCAUGCCGCCGUCAAUGGAGUACUAUCGGAGACUGUUAUCAGACAUGCCGCCCCGCUUUGCUCGGCGCAUAUAUACUUACCGAUUGUCCUGUUGGCGCGAUGUAAAGGUUUAAUGGAGUCCGUCAGCAAGGUACGCGUCUACGAUCGCGUACACGACGGAUUCUCACCGGUGAUAAAUGCUGCAUUAUC